AACUGAUAUUUUAUAAAGUUUAAAAUAUAUUGAAAAUAAUAACGCUGUUCCGAUGACUGAUUCUACAGUUUUUAAAUCAGUUAUAAUGAGCGAAUAUAUUAAUGAACCUGUUUAUGUAUAGUUAAAUUUGUUAAUUGUAGUAGGCGUGUAUAAAUAGUUUGCAGUUAAAUUCUGCUGUAUGUUUGUAUAUUUUGAUUUGAUAUAUUUGAUAAUGCGAGCGUAUAUACGCAGUGAAGUAAUUCUUUAUUAAGUAUUUCGAGAAAAACAGGAGCACAUUUUUAAUAUCUUCACGAACCGGUUUUUUUAGGCUUUUCCAAUGUCCGGAUUAUCACUUUCCUUGAUUAUAAAUGAGCUUUACAGGCGCACCUACGGUUAAAAUAUUCCCCGCGCGAGAAGGUUAAAAUGCUUUCCUUACGUAAAUUAACUAACAUGACUUCUACGUUUCUAAUAUAAUCAAGCCAUAAAAAAAUUCUUUCGUGUUUUGAAAAUGGACCUAAUUUUGAAUACAGCACAAUUAUUGAUCUUGAUAGCCUUUAUUUCGAGAGUAAAAACUCUCGAUGUGAUUAGACAUUUUAAUACUUAUGGUCACUGCGAUGUUUUUACAGUGCAUGAAUAUUUAUAUAUUUCUGGAAAAAAAUGUGACAGUUUAUAUAAUCUUCCUCCAUCGCCUAAUACUACUCAUCUCUUCAUAAAUGGCACCUCGAUUUCAUCAUUUGCAACGAAUCAUCUUAACAAAUAUUCAAAUCUUUUACAUUUGGAAGUUACUCAUAGUAAGUUACAAGCCUUGGAAUUUCAUUCAUUUUGCAAUUUAACUGAAUUGAGAAUAAUAAAUUUUUCAUAUAACAGAAUAUCAGAACUACGUUCGGAGAAAUUUUGUAGUUUAAAAAAUUUAACAAAUCUUGUUCUUGCACAUAACGAUAUUACAAAUGUGAAGAAUAUAACUCAUUUAUUAUCGGAAUACACACCAUCAUUAACCAACCUCGAUUUGUCUGAGAAUAAUUUAACAACUAUACAAAGCGAUGAUUUUCAAUUUAUGAACAACAAUAACAUUGAGGUUCUAUCUUUAUCAUCAUGCAAUCUUAAUCAUAUUGAUCCGAUAUCAUUCAUGAAUCUUCAAAAAUUAAAAUAUUUAAUACUUUCAAAAAAUAAUCUAACAAUUGAAAAUUUAAGUGAAAUAUUCAGAAGUCUCGCCGGUCAUUCGUUUGAAGAUGUAGAUAUUGCUUCAGCUCCCUCUUCAUUAGAUGUGUUGCCUGCAUUAAGAGACUUAAAUUUGAUGAAACUUAAAUUUGGCUUUACAAAUAUUCCUGUUAUCAAGAAGACCGUGUUUGGCGAUUUAAAUAACUUAAAAGAACUUACCAUAGUAAAUGCUAAUGUUAUGAAUAUAACAGAUGAUGCUUUUGAAAAUUUACCAAAUUUAACCAGUUUAACAAUAGUGCCUAAUAUUCUAAACAGUUUACCUAAAGGAAUACUUCUUUCAAGAUUACAUUAUUUAAAUAUUAGUGGAAGACCAUGGAGUCCCAAAAGAUUUACAAUAUUCGAUUUUAGUUUUGCUUCAAUGGGUAAUUUACAUACAUUGGAUCUUUCAUUUAACUUUUUAAUACGUUUAUCGGAAACAUCUUUUACAGGACUUUCAAAUUUACGACAUCUACGCAUCAGAAGAUGUGGAAUACAUCAUAUUCAAGAUGUAACAUUCGCACCUUUCUCAAAUUUAUUAUCACUGGAUAUAAGUUUUAACUCCAUUUUGAUCACAAAAUUACUGAUUAAAAAAAUAUUUCCUCAUUUAAAAGUACUAAAAAGUCUUACUUUUCAGCAAGUGCCAUUAACACUUUCUGCAAGUGAUAAACUUUUUUCCGAGUUAAUACAUUUGGAACAUAUUGAUUUAUCAAAUUCUUCGUUAAAUCUAGUUUCUCAAAAUAUUUUUGCUAAUUUAAAUAAAAUUAAGCAUAUUUAUUUAUCGCAUAAUCUCAUCAGAGAAUGGAGAGAACCUAUUUUUUCUCCGUUUCCAAAUCUCAUUUCUCUGGAUUUAUCUCACAACUAUAUUGUGACAGUAACAAGCUCAAUGAUGGGAGAUUUUGAAAAAAUUCCAAAAGUAGACCUUUCAGGGAAUUCUUUCAAUUGUUCCUGUGAUAUUUUACCCUUUAUGGAAUGGGUAAACAGCUCAGAAAUUAUCAUUUCUGAUUAUUUUAAACACGAUUAUAAUGGGUACAAAUGUGAUAGUCCAAAAGAAUUGUUUAACUCUGAACUAUUCAAAGUGCACAACUUUCUGGAUAAAGAUUGCAAUGCAAAUCCUGCAUUUGCUGCUUUAAUAGUAUUAGCUGUUAUUUUAAUAUUAAUUCUUGUAGCAGUAGUUUCUGGAUAUUUAUAUAAAUUUUAUUUCGGAAGAAGAUUGUUAAGUAUUUCUGAUGAAAAUUUUACUUAUGAUGCUUUCAUUUCCUAUAACGCUAAUGAUUCUGAUUGGGUCUUCAGCACUUUACUUCCUCGUUUAGAAACAAAUACAAGUGAUUUAAAAUUAUGCGUUUACGAUCGCGAUUUUGUUGCCGGUAGAGGAAUUAGCGAAUGUAUUAUGGAAAGCAUUAAGUGCAGCAGAAGAACAAUUUUGAUUCUUUCGAAUAAUUUUCUGCAGAGUCCUUGGUGUAAAUUCGAAACAGAUUUAGCCCAUCACGUUCUGAUUGACGAAGAAAGAGAAGGCUUAUUAUUAAUCAAAUUAGAAGAAUUGUCAAACCAUUUAGUUACUACUCAAUUAAAUUAUCUACUAAAGACAAAGAUUUAUCUAGAAUGGAGUAAUGAUCCUAAAGAACAAGACCUUUUUUGGAAGAAGUUACGCCAAGCUUUAAAGACGAAAAAGAAAAUAGUUAGUAAAAUAAUAUAAUUUUACGUAAAUUAUAAUGAUUAAUAUUUAAAUUAAAAAUUUGAACAAGUUUUAUGAUAAAUUAUCUACUUGAGGAUCUCAACGUUUCGUAAUAUCUUAUUGCACAAAACAUUUCCUUUGAAAAAUGAUUUGUGUAUUUCGUAAAAAAAAAAUUACAAAAUGUGCAAGU